AUGGACGAGAAGAACUAUCUCGCCUCCAAAGACGCCAAAAAUGCGGUGGGAAUCCAUCGCGGACCUCUGCCUGAGAAUGGCGAGGGGUAUGACCUUGAGCAUAUCGAGACGGCCGAUACGAUCACUCUAGAGAAGGUCAAGAGGACGCCCACGCAGAAUCUCCGGCGGCAUUGGGCUCGCCCCUUGCCAUUUGAUUUGCGUGUACGGAAAUUAACAAACAACAGUUUCCUUCUCAUCAUCCCCGCCAUUGCGCAGCGAGUCGUGGAUAACUCGACGCUGCUACUAGUCAAAGCCGACGUCAUGCACCCCCGACCUGAAUCCGUGCAGCUCACGAUUGAGUCUGCACUGAAGCUUCCUCUGGGUGUUCCGGUGCGCAUUGAUCCGAUGACUUUAAGUCUGUUCAACCGUGCCUCACCCGGAAAUGGCACAUGGGGAAAAUUGUAUCUGAAAGACUACACGAUCAGCGGCAACACGACGCUGGGAGUAGAUAAGCAGUUCACUCCAUUGAAUGUCGCCGAGUGGACGCAGUACGUGCACAACGUCGUGUUCAUGAAGCACGGUCCGCUAUCGGUAUGGGGCAAGACCACCGCCUAUCUAGGACAGAUCAAAAACCACAUCACGAUGGACAAGGAUAUUCCCCAGAACACCCUGAAUUCCUUCGAAGGCUUCGCCAUCAAAGACACUCAGCUCCUGCUCCCCGCUCGAGAAGACGGAACUAAUCUCAUCGCCAACGCAACCCUACCUAACCCCUCCGUUCUAACACUCGAAAUUGGCACAACUACCCUUGAUGUUAAAUCCGGCGACCUCGUCAUCGGCAACGCCACCCUCGACAACCUCAUCCUCCGGCCAGGCAACCACUCGACUCCAGUGCACGGGAUGCUCGACCUCCGCGUGUUGAUCAAAAACCUACGCACCGUACUCGCCACCCAGCUCGAAUCCAUCCGAGACGGGACCCUCACCCUCGAUACGGUCGGCAAGUCGGUAUUCUACGACGGCACCGAAGUACCCUACUACACGAACGUCAUGAAGAACCUCACCAUGACAGCCCAAGUGCCGCUCGCCGGACUCAUCACAAACACCCUCCGCGGCGUACUUCGGCCCAACGGCACGAAUAUCUUCUCCCAAGCGGCCGAUAACAUGGACAUGACUGAGGAGGGACAGAACAUGCUUGAUCACAUAGCGGGUAAGGCUCGAGACGAGAGCAGUACAGAAUCAUCCUUGAAGGAACGAUCAUUCGAAGACCAGCAGCUCUGGGAUGAUCUAAUUAACGAUCCGGUGAAACGGGAUAACAUAUUAGAUGUGAUAGAGGGGUUGAACCUAUAA